AUGCAGGAGAAGACUUUCACAUACAAGACCGUCGACGGCGGUGAGGCAGUAGACUUGACGGCCUGGUGGGGUACAAGCAGUCCAUACGCAUCAAGACCAGUUGUUCUUUUAUUUCAUGGUGGGGGAUUUGUCAUUGGCUCUCGGUUCGGAGUUGCCUCUCAACCGAUUAGAGAUCUCGUAGACGCCGGUUUUGUCGUCGUCUCGGCCGACUACUCCCUCUGCCCCCAGGUGUCACUUUACGAUGGUCCCGAGAAAGAUGCGAAAGACGCUUAUCGCUGGUGCAAGGAGAAGCUUUCUGGUCUUUUAGCCAACGAUGGGGUUUUGGUUGAUCCCACGAAGGUUAUGACCCUAGGAUAUUCAGCUGGAGCAACUUUGGCACUUUGUCUUGGUCAAGAAGUCGACCCUCCCAUCGCCAUUGUGGACUUCUAUGGCGCGAAGCUGUUCAAGGAUAGUUUCUGGUCUGCUCCAUUACCAAUGCUGGCUCAGCUGCCUGCCAUGCCUGGCGAGUUUCUUAACAAGAUCUUUGACGAACCAGUCCAAACAAAUACGGGAAGCUCACUUGAGUCGGCUCCCAAACCAGAAAAAUCACAGGAGAGACCCAAGAAGGGACUUCCGCCCCCUGACCUGACCAAUCCUCGUAACGCGUGGCUUUUCAGCGCUUUAAAGGACGGGAGCCAUCUGGCAAAGAUCGUGCAAGAUGGUGACUUGGAUCGCGUCGACCCAGUGCACACUUUCUCGUCGAAUUUCCCGCCUACCUUUUUUAUUCAUGGAAUAGCGGAUCCCAUGAUCCCGUCUCGGCUCAGUGAGCAAGCAUCACAGAAGUUGAAGGAUCUUGGGGUGGACACCGGGAUUGCUCUUGUUCCAGACGCUUCGCACGGCUUCGAUCUAGGGUUAGAACCCGAAGACCCUCAAUACCAAUAUGUCAGGCAAGCCAUAGCGUUUCUUCAAAAGCAUGUUUAUUUGGGUACAUGA